AUGGCAGAUUCCAGAGCUUUACUUACCCUAUUUCUUGAAAAAAGACUCCACGAUCGCCGGGCCAUCAUCGACGAAACAUUCAAGCUGAUCUACGACUACAACAAAGACCGCAAAAAAGUAAACUAUGAAAAAACGCUGAAAACAAUUUGCUCGUUACUGGGCAAAGAAAUCCCCAACAAAGUCUUGAUUUAUUUGCUCACUUUGCUCGACAUGCCUUUGGAUAUUGCAGAAUCUGACGAUAACAAGUUUAUUGAAAAAAUGAAAUCGUUGGAGAAGAUUCAUCAUAGUUGUUUGGAGGAAACCAUCAAACCCGAACUUGAGGAUUGUAUAUUAAGUGGUCCAAGUACUUCAGCUUGUGACAAUAAUGUAUUUGAGAAAAAACCUGAAAAACAUAUUUUUCUCAAGCCUAGAAUUGGACGUCGCAAAAGGAAUCAUCCUGAACCUGUAAAACCUCAAAUGGAAACUUUACUUGAUUUAGCUGCUCUUUUUAUAACCGAAAACCAUCAAUAUUUGAAGGAUGUUUGCCAGGAAAAAUUCGACAAAGCUUGGAAAUUGAUACGAUCAAACCAGUGCAGCGAAGAAUCUUUGAAACAGUGCUACAAGACUUUGGAGGAUUUGAACAAAAAACGUAAACUGCUGAGAGAAAUUGAAAACGAUACAAUUUCAGAUAGGACAAUUUUGGAUUUCUAUUGGGAUGAAGAUAUAAUUUUGAGAGAACAACAUGUUUAUGAUUUUGUAAAUUUUGAUUUUGAUAAACUAUAA